GAAAAAUGAAGAGAAGACAAAAAAAUUAAAGAAAAAUUCAUUCUCUUUACUUCGUUUGGUAGUCUAUCCUCUCUCUCUCUCUUCGGGUUGAUCUCUUCUUAUCGCUCCCCCCCUCUCUCUCAUUCCAAGAACCCUCACGAUCGAUCUAGUCCACUGUCUCGAUCCCAUCGACGAUGGUUUUGUGGCUGUCGCCGGUGGUCUGAGGAGGGGACUAGGGUUUGGAAUUUGGUGCGCUGAUCCAUGGGGGCCGUGCCGUCGACGCCGCGGAGGGGCGUGCGCCCGUGGGACACGGCAGAGAAUCUGAUCGGGGCGUUCGUCGGGGAGUCGCCGUACCCGCUGUCGUCGGAGUUCUGGAAGCAGCUGCUCGAGCUUCCCCUCACCCUCGGGUGGCCGCAGCACCGGGUCCUCGAGGCCUGCCAAACUUUAGCACAGAAUAACUACCAGACAAGACAUAUUGCAAAGAUUUUGAUUCAUCUGGUCUGGUGCUUGCAAGAUUCCAUGUCAAUUUCUGCUGGCUCCCCUGCUGUGUAUAGAAAGGCUGUCAAUGCUGCAUACAUAUCAUCUGUAUUUCUCAAGUUCUUGAUUGAAAAUGCAAAAAGUGAUAAGUUUGAAGAACUGUGUCUUGACCUUGAUAAAGAUGAAAAGGGCAAGCAUGAUUUGCCAAUUGAACAAAGUGUUGAAGCUUUUGUAAUGCGAGGUGUGCUCUCCUUUAUUGGUGCAUCAGAUGUAAGUCCUCAGACAUGCCUACUACAUCAUGAACUGCUGAACUUGAUGUUGGUGGCUAUGUCAACUCAGCUUUGUUCUGGACCAUCCCCAGGGCCAAAAGAUGUGCAUCCAUUCAUAGAUGCAGCAAUGCUUCAGGAUAGUGCGGUGGUAGCUUCUGUAGUUCGCAGACUGCUGUUGAAUUUUAUAAACCGACCACGCAUUCCUUUUAAUGGCGCAUCUUACCCGAUUAUUUUUGAAGGAAGCCAGCCUGGUGUUCUGCAAAGGGUUGGCUCUGCAGCUGCAAAUUUUGUGCUCCUGCCAUAUUACACUUUCAAUUAUCUGGUUAGUUCGGGUGGUGAAGGUUCGAGAAGUUCAUUGGCCGAUAAUAGUCUGCUUGUUUUGCUUAUUCUCAUGCACUACAGAAAAUGUGUUCCUGUGGAUGAGUCUAUUGCAAAACAUGAUGUGGAGCAUACUGAUUCUGGUACCUAUUUGAAAGGAAACUCAUUUUUUUAUGACAACCCUUACUGCAAGGCACUGGAAAAUGCUAGAGAUAUUGAAUUUGAUCGUGUUGAUAUCGAGGGGAAUGCGCAGAAUGGUCCACUCGUGAGACUGCCUUUUGCUUCCUUGUUUGACACUCUUGCAAUGUGCUUGGCUGAUGAAAGCUCUGUUCUGUUACUGUAUUCGUUGGUGCAUGGUAACCCUGACUUUUUGGAGUAUGUUUUGGUGCGAACUGAUUUGGAUACACUUCUGAUGCCAAUUCUGGAAAUGCUUUACAAUGCUUCAAGGAGGACAUCUAAUCAAAUCUAUAUGUUGUUAAUUAUCCUUCUCAUCCUUAGUCAAGAUUCAUCCUUUAAUGCCAGCAUACAUAAACUGAUGCUUCCUAGUGUUUCAUGGUACCAAGAACGCCUUCUCCAUAAUACUUCUCUUGGCUCUUUAAUGGUUGUAAUACUAAUAAGAACUGUGAAGUACAAUCUCUCCAAGCUGCGGGAUAUGUACUUGCAUACAAAUUGUCUUGCAAUAUUGGCAAAUAUGGCUCCUCAUGUUCAUAGGUUAAGUGCUUAUGCUUCACAGAGGCUGGUUAGCCUUUUUGACAUGCUCGCUCGCAAGUAUACCAAGUUAGCGGAGUUAAAAAAUGACAAAGUUCAAAAAUUUGCUAUUGAUCAAGUUGAUGGGGGCAGCAUAGCUGAAGAUAUGUCAACGGAGCUUCAAAUUUAUACUGAUUUUCUAAGAAUCGUACUGGAAAUUCUUAAUGCAAUUCUGACAUAUGCAUUGCCUCGGAAUCCUGAGGUAGUAUAUGCAAUUCUGCAUCGACAGGAGGUCUUUCAACCAUUCAAGAAUCACCCACGGUUUAAUGAGCUGCUUGAAAAUAUAUAUACUGUUUUGGAUUUCUUUAACGGUCGCAUGGAUAUGCAGCGAACGGAUGGUGAAUGGUCUGUGGACAAGGUUCUUCAACUCAUCAUCAUUAACUGCCGUUCAUGGCGUAGUGAUGGGAUGAAGAUGUUUAAUCAGCUACGCUUUACCUAUGAGCAAGAGAGUCAUCCUGAAGAAUUCUUUAUUCCAUAUGUAUGGCGGCUAGUUCUAUCUGGCGGUUUCACUUUCAAUUAUGGUGCCAUAAACUUGUUUCAUGUGGAUUUACCUGGAGAUGAUGCUCUUGCUGAGGAACUAGAUGUGUAAGAUGCUUGCUCUCCUUAUUAAAUAAUAUGUGAAGAAACAAGGUGCUUGCUGUCCCCGGCGUGGUCCUGACUCUGUAUUAUCUCAGAAGUCUCUGAUGCGUGAUGUACAUACGAUAGUAGAAAGCAUUCUUGUCAUUCUUUUUGUUGAUAUUACCUUGAUUUCAUGGUGUAAUUUUCAGAGUAUGGGCAUAUAGAUAUUGGCAAAUUGAAUAAAAGAGCAAAGUUGUUGCAUGCA